AUUCUGAAAGUUCGUUGUGUGCGACGCGUUUUGUUCAUAAAAAGGAACUACAAAACAGAAAUCCCACCAACCCACUAAACGAGAAGGAUCAGGUUCCAUCAAGAGUAAUCUUCCUGUUGUUGCAAAACCUUACCUUAAAUGGAACAGCCAAUACACCCUUUGACCUUGAUGACACUCCAUAUUUGGUAAUGAUUUUGCAGACAGGUGGUACUAGAAAACUGGAUAUAGAACUAGUUUGCAACAAACAUGUAUUUUAUUGCCUGAUGAAAGCAAUUUCAAUUUCAAAAGAAAUAUUAGAGAAACGAUUCAGUGAAUGCAAAUAUUUUGAAUUGUGUGAUAUUGAUUGCAUGGCCACCAUGUUGUUUGACAUCAACUUCACAAUGCUCUCCAAAACAGACUAAUGUAUGGAAGUAUGUACUCUUAUGUUGCAGAAAUCCCAUCAACCCAUUGAAAGAGACGAAUCACAUUCAUAUCUAGUUGUCAAUACCAGAGACUGCAGAGACAUGCUUACCAACAACAGUACUCUAGGAGAUCCAUAUAAUGCUGAAGAAGAUCUGGACAACCACACUGCUGGAGAUCCAUAUAAUGCUGAAGAAAAUCCGGACAACAACACUGCUGGAGAUCCAUAUAAUGCUGAAGAUCCAGACAGCCACACUGUAGAAGAUCCAUAUAAUGCUGAAGAAGAUCCGGACAACCACACAGGAUUCACUUUGAAUGGAACUAAACAUUCCAAUGAAGAUGAUCUUCAUCAAAUACCUAUGUUUUCAUUUACCCAACCAGUGGAAGAAGAUCUUCUAACUGAGAGAAGUACAUCGAUUCCAUCAGAAGGGAACCAUGAAGUUUUAGUUUUUACUUUUUCACCUACACAUUUAAGAACUAGUGUAAAUGAGGAAGAAUAUGGACGUAAUGAGUCUGUGGAUUCUGUCUGCAUGACUGAAGAUUUACAGAGUUGUGCCAUGACUGCCUAUCCAGAAAACGAUUUACAGAAAAAUCUGAGCAUACAUACCAUGCAUACAGGCGAAAAUCUUUAUCAAUAUGAUGUCUAUGGGAAGGCGUUCAGUCAGACAGGACACUUACAGACACACAUGAGGAUACAUACUGGUGAUAAACCUUACAAAUGUGAUGUUUGUGGGAAGGAAUUUAUUGAGGCACGGAUCUUUCAGAAACAUGUGAGAACACAUGAUAAACCGCAUAAGUGUGAUGUUUGCGAGAAGGCAUUCAGUCGGACUAGGGCAUUACAGAUACACAUGAGGACACACUCUGGUGAGAAACCUUAUGAAUGUGAUGUCUGUGGGAAGGCAUUUAUUGAGAAAGGGACCUUGAAAAAGCACGUGAGGACACAUACUGGUGAGAAACCUUAUACAUGUGAUGUCUGUGGGAAGGCGUUCCGUCAGGCAGGAACAUUACGGACACACAUGAGGACACACAGCAGUGAUAAACCUUAUGAAUGUGGUGUCUGUGGGAAAGCAUUCAGUCAUGCUGGAGCAUUAAAGACGCACAUGAGGAGACAUACUGAUGAGAAAUGUUAUAAUUACGAACGCGAUGUCUGUGGGAAGGCAUUCAGUGAAACAAGAUCACUACAAACACACAUGAGGACACAUACUGAUGAUAAACCUCAUAAAUGCGAUGUCUGUGGGAAGGCGUUUCAUCAGACAGGAUCACUUCAGAUACACAUGAGGACACAUACGGAUGAUAAACCUCAUGAAUGCGAUGUCUGCGGGAAGGCGUUCCGUCAGACAGGAACAUUGAAAAAGCACCUGAGGAUACACACUGGCGAUAAACCUUAUCAGUGCAAUGUGUGCGGGAAGGCGUUCAGUUGCUCAGGACAUUUACAGUCACACAUGAGGACACAUUCUAAUGAGAAACCUUAUAAGUGUGAUGUCUGUGAGAAGGCUUUCAAGUGGACCGGUACAUUACAAAGACACAUGAUGUCACAUUCUAGCGAGAAACCUUAAUCAAUGUGAUGUCUUUUGAAAGCACAGACAGGACACAUGUGAGAUCAAAAGAUAGAUGCGGGAUAAAAAUCUAAAUUCAGGUAGUUGGGGGGAGGGUGAUAAAAGCUCCUGUAAGUUUCUGCCCUACAUCUAACAUUGAUUACACUUCAGUGGAAAAAGAAAAGACAACUUUAGACAAGUGACUGUUUAAAACACAUAAUAAUAUUAAUCUUAAUGACCAUUUACUACAGUGUAGUAAUAGUUGUAAUGUACUUUUUCAUUUGUGAAUAAACAGUAGAAAAGGUA